AGAUCGUCCACCUCAUACGCUUCGGUACACAAGAUGCAUAAAUAGUUAAGAGCACGAUGAGAACUGAUAUCAUCUCAUCAUCGAGCCACCUCUUUUUCUGGCCCAAACAAAAGCUCUACUCUCUGCCAAAUUUCAAUCAUGAAGUACACUGUUACUCUACUCAGCCUUGCCAGCCUCGGUCUGAACAUUCUCCCCGUUCUAUCCGCAGCGGUUCCUGUAGCUGACUUGGCCCGCCGCGGCGAGGACUCGAUCAAUCAAGUCUAUCGCUCUAACGUGGUCGAGAAGCGCCAUGUUUAUGCUUUAGAUGAUGACGAAACCGCGGAGAAGCGUGACAACGAGAAGCGUCACAAAUAUGCUCUCGACAGCGAUGAGACCUUGGAGAAGCGUCACAAAUAUGCGCUGGACAACGACGAGACUGUUGAGAAGCGCGACAACGAGAAACGCCAUAAAUACGCGUUGGACAAUGACGAGACUCUGGAGAAGCGCCACAAGUACGCGUUGGAUAACGACGAGACUCUGGAGAAGCGCCACAAGUACGCGUUGGAUAAUGACGAGACUCUGGAGAAGCGCGACAAUGAGAAACGCCAUAGAUAUGCUCUCGACAGCGACGAGACCUUGGAAAAGCGCCACGUCUACGCCUUGGACGAUGAUGAGACCGUGGAGAAGCGCCAUGUCUACGCUUUAGAUGACGACGAGACUGUUGAGAAGCGCGGGGUCCCGGUUAAAAGCCAUAAGUACCGUCUGGAUAGUGAUGAGCCAUCAAUCUAGCAGGGACAACAAGGACAUACCUGAAGACUGAGGUCUCGCGUGACCGAGCUUUACAGACACCUUCAAUGCGUGCACAGAUUUUGCGCCUCUCAUUAUGCGUAUCAUAAACCACACUCGUUACAUAGCAGAACAUCUUAGAAAUGAAUAAAUGAAGCAAAACGCCGAGUUCUGUGUUGGCGUGUCCAUCAAACCUAUUCAAUG